GUGAUGUAGCGUGGGGGGGGGGGGACAUUGCCCUGGGCACAUUUUUUCAAGUGGGUGCCACCAUGUACUGCCACUAUAGCUCCCGCAUUGAGGGAACCCACCACCGGGCUCACCUUUGGGGCUGGAGUGUGGGUGGCAGCAGCAGCCGGUCCAUUCCUUGGGAGCAGAAGCGUUGGAGAGGUGGUGAUAUUGCAGCCGAGGGAGGAACGAACUCCAUCUGCCACUGUGCCUUGCAUGGCUGUUGGAGCUCAUUUCUCCCUCAGUAUGUGGGGCUACUGGGGUGCUGUGGUGGGCUCCUUCAUCUUCCGCAUCCCUCUCCCAGUGUGCCCUGCCCUCCGGUGCUCACAGAUACACACGCUGGGCACCAUGGGCUCAAGCAAUGUCAUGGCAAGUAGGUCUGCAAUAUUAUAAUACCAUACUUCCUCAAACCCUGACAGGCACACUCUGACAUUUCACACAAAUCUCUCUCUUUUAAAAAAAGCCAACAUGAACAGAACAUUUCCUCUUAGAAGGUUACAUGCAUCAACCACUGGAUCCUCCUGGAAAAGAUGGGUCUUCAGUACCAUCCGAUUUUAAAUUGGGAUGUGCUACAAAUUGUCCCUCAACGAAUUACAGCUUCUCUACAUUAGAAGAUGAAUUACAGAAUAGGAUCUACUGCUGCCAAGAUGACUUUUGCAUCCCAAGACAGAUUGACUCGCCAGCAUAUGGUUUCAAUGGGCUAAGGUGUCCGUUCUAUGAUGCUUCUGACCCAGAAGAUUGUCCGAAGUUGAGAAAUCUCAGAUGUCGUGGUGAUGAGACUCGAUGCUUUGAGUUUGUCCUUGUUCACAAUGACAGUUCGGUUCCUGAUAAGGUUUAUAAUGGCUGUGCCACCCCAACGUUUUGUGAGUUGGCUAGGACAUCACCGUAUUAUGACUACCUUUCAGGCACUAUAACAGAAGCACGAUGCGGUGAUACUCUGCCUCACUGAAAGCGGCUCAACAAUGAAGGGUAGUUAGGAGAGAAGAAUGUCUCCAUCAUUUUGGAUCCCACCACUUGCAGCAUCGGUAGAGGUGGAGAAUGCGUCUCUGAUUUGCAAAGUUUCUGGAAUUCAUGGGACGCCUGUGUCUUUUAUCUGGCAUUUGGUGGAAGCUAAAUGGGAUGCAGGGCAUAGAGAAAUGUGGGGAACUAUGUCUCAUGAUAUGGUUUGUGGGUUAAUUUUUCCUUCCUUCAUAAUCAAAAUAAACU